AUGGCCGCUAUCCAGCUCGCCAAAAAGGCUGUAAAUUUGCCCCCCACUUGUCGCACCCUCGCGUCUGGCGUGCCGGCCGCGUCCUACCUUAACCUCAAUGUCCGCGAGCCUGCCGGUCACGGACAUGCGCACGGGCACGGCGCUGCUGGCCCUCGCUCGGAUGUCCCUCCUAAGUGGGCGGGCGGUGUAUCCACUAGCUCGUCUGCCGGGUUGGUCUCGAAGAGCUUUGCGAACGUCCCCAGCACAGGUGCUUUCCAGAGGCGCCUGAUGCACUCGACCGUGCCCGCCAAGGUCGAGCCGCAGGUACCCGACUUCUCGCACUAUGAGGCGAAGUCGGACUCGACGAACCGCGGUGUCGCGUACAUGAUGAUCGGCGGCAUGGGCCUGCUCUCCGCGUCCGUCGCAAAGUCGACCGUGACGGAGUUCCUCGCGACGAUGGCCGCGUCCGCGGACGUCCUCGCGAUGGCGAAGGUCGAGAUUGAUCUGGCGACCAUCCCCGAGGGCAAGAACGUCAUCAUCAAGUGGCGCGGCAAGCCCGUCUUCAUCCGCCAUCGCACGUCGGACGAGGUCCAGGAGGCGCGCGCGACCGACUGGAAGUCGCUCCGUGACCCCCAGAGCGACGAGGCCAGGACGAAGAAGCCGGAGUGGCUGAUCAUGGUGGGUGUCUGCACGCACCUGGGUGUGUCCCCAUUGGCGAGGCUGGUGACUUCGGUGGAUGGUGCGUUCUGCCCGUGCCACGGUUCUCAUUACGACAUCUCUGGCCGUGUACGCAAGGGCCCUGCUCCCACCAACCUCGAGGUGCCCGUUUACGACUUCGACGAGACGAGCAACCUGCUUGUAGUUGGUUGAUAGAUGUUGCGGUCCGUAGAAUGCAGCCUAAAGC